CUUACAGCGGAAGUACCAAUGGAGUGUGAAAGGACAGGUGGCCACCCACUGUACUUGAGCGGAGUCCGUGCUUCAGCUUUCAGGUGAAACGGAAGUCAGGUUGAAAAUACUAUAUCCCUGAAAAACAGAAACAUCUGCUUCUGUCGACUCCGCGGAGAGCGCACAUAUUCUUCUUUUUUCUUUUGGAGAGAGCUUCACCAAAACCAUCCCCGUGCCCGCCCACCUGUCACGGUCUGUCAGGCUAUCUUGGACCCUUGGGAUGGGCCUACCUCCCUUUGAAGUUGACUUUUAAAAUGGUUAAAGUUAGGUAAGAAUUAUGGUUAAGGUUAGAGUAAGAGUAGGGUUUAAGGUUAGGAUUUAGGGUAUGGACGUCCCAAGACUCCCAGAUAGCACUAGCAAACCUGGCACUGCUACGCGGAAGUAAGUGGAUGAAUGCAAAAUAGUCAUCAGCACUCCGGAAUUCAAGGGAAUAUAAACGUAAAAAGUAUGCGGGCUGUGUCUGCACUAGUGUUCCUGGCCGUGGGUGUGAUGGUGGUGUUGAUGUACCAGGCGGUCCGCCAGGAGCUGACUCUGCGGGGUCUUAAAGCCCGCGCUCUGGAGAGCUCCUCUCAGGUCAAGCAGAAGGAGAACGACAUCGUCCAGGUCAAGAUGAAGAUCCAGAAGCUGAAUGGUGAGCUGGAGCCCAUCAACACCAAGAGAGAGGAGCUGACUAAGAAGAAGGGGCAGUCUGCUAAAGCCACAGGCGAGGCAGACAAGAGUCUAAAGACCUGUCAUACAGAGAAGGCCGAUGUGGAGAAAAAGAAGACUGAGGCGUCGGCGGCCCUUCAGAAAGUUAAAGAUGAUCAAGAAGCACAGAAGAAGAAAGCUCAGGAGGAGAUCCAGGCAUUGAAACAGCAGAUUCUGGAGCGGGACAAGGCACUGUGUGCCUUUGUGGACCAGACCAAUGAGGAAGGACGGAAGCUGUGUGGAAUCACAGAGGCCCCGAAAUGAAGACUUGGGCAACACUAUCAGCCUCCAUCCCUCCCUCCCUCGCUCCCUCGCUCAUGCUUGCCGUGAUGCACACACACCCAUACACAUCAUCGUUGUGCAGCUCAUAACAUUCCCCACCUACAACCACCUUCACUUCACUGUACCUCUCAAUACUCAGGAAAAUAAAAAACAAGAAGGGUUUGGAAAACCCAGUCUGAAUGUCAUGUCUUCAUUACAUACAGUACACUGUUAGUUUAUGUAUGCAGGUAAGGAAGGGAGACAUUACAUUUUUAAAUUAGUGAGUUUCAUCCUAUGGUACAGUACAUUAAUGUAGGAAUGACUGAAAGAGGUUAGGGCUAAUUCCCUCAGAGAUGGAGCAAGGUGUCUCUGAGGUGACUUCUGAAUGUUGCAAAGGUUCUAGAGAAGAGUUCUAGAGAAGAGCUCUAAAGAAGUGCGCAGGUGCAUGCCCAUCUGGUUCAAUUGUCUAUUAAAUAUUUAUUAUGCAUAGAUCUAUGAUUGACCUUUAUAGUGCAUAGAUGUAUGAUUGGCCUUUAUAGUGCAUAGAUGUAUGAUUGACCUAUAUAGUGUAUAGAUUUAUGAUGGACCUUUAUUGCAUUUGGGUGUGGUGUGCGUUAAUCAGAGUAUAACAUUGCCCUGUGUGGGUAAUGGGAAAAUUUAAGAUGAAUAAAGUGAAUAUUCAGUUAACAGUAAUUAACACAAUGAUUAGCAUAUUUAUGUUUUCCCUUUCUAUAAUACACAUAAUUUCCAAUGUUCUAUUUGUGAGACUCACUUUUGUAUGGGUUGAUGGUCACUAGACCUGAGCUACUGAAGGUACAAGGACCGAGAACACACAGAUUAUUAUUGUAUUGAUGACAUUAUGAACACUGAGUGAUUCUGUAGCAGCCGGCAAAGUCACUGUCUUUGUAUUGACUCCAAGCCCCUCUGGCUGAUAUUUUAGAGAACAUUUGGUACUGUCUGAUUAGAAUAUGAAGGUUCUGUCUCCAAGAGCCCCGUUGGACAUUUUCUAUGCUUCUGUUCUGGAGGUGUCUCCCUGAAUGACUGUAUUAAACUGGAUCGAUCUGAUUGAUAUUA